ACAUUAACAGUACUAGCUAAAGCUAAAAGGGCUUUUGAAAAAAUGACAGGUCUUGGGUCAUCAUGUGGAGCAUGCAAGUUCUUGAGAAGAAGGUGCUCUAAUGAGUGUGUUUUCGCACCUUACUUCUUUUACGACCAGGCAGCAAGCCAUUUUGCGGCUGUCCACAAGGUGUUUGGAGCGAGCAACGUCUCAAAACUGUUGCUGCACCUCCCAGUGGACAGCCGGAGUGAAGCAGCCAUAAGUAUAUCAUAUGAAGCCAUGGCUCGGAUGCAAGAUCCCAUAUAUGGCUGCGUGGCUCAAAUAUUUGCACUCGAGCAACAGGUGGCCAGCCUCAUGGAGGAGAUCGAGAACAUUGAGAAGCAGAUGGCUUACUGUGCAUGUGAAGGACCUGAACAACAAUGCAUGGUGAAUGAUGAGUUACUGUUCUUUUCUGAGUAUAACAAUAUGAGCAUAAAUAUGAAUCAUAAUGUGACAGUACCAUUCUUGGAAGAUUCAUAUGCAAAUUCAACCCCUUACAGUCAAAUGAAUAUGCAGAACCCACCUAUAAACGGAUGGGAGGACGAGAUUUUCUUCCCUUUCUCUGAUUCAGACAUCUCAGAUAUCUUUAAUGAAACAAUCGACCCAAACAUCUAUUUGCAGUAUCAACUUAUGGACAAUGGCAACAUUUAUCACUGAAGAAAGUUAAAGCUAGAACCAUAGCCAUCUGAUAUGGAGUGCAUUUUAGCAGUUUCAUGUAGAAUGUAAAUACUCAUGUUUUCAUUGAAUAUGCAUCCUGGUUAGAUUCUGAAUAAUCACUCUAUCCAUGCCAACUUAUCGAU